AUUUCAGAAAAAUGAAAGAAAAUGGGAAAAGUAGAGAAGAUACAUUAAACGAUAUAGUGUCGUAUAUCGGAUUCCUACAUGCAGAAGAUCUGUUCUGUGAUGCCGCGUUCAAUUGCAGGGAUGGAAGAGUUUUGGCGCAUAAAUUCAUAUUAGGAGCUCGUAGCAGGCUUCUUCUCGAUAUAUUGGAAGAGGAUGAAUUAGAGAUUUAUAUUCCGGAUUUCAGUAUUCACCUUGUUCAUCUACUUCUAGAGCUUAUAUACGCAGGGACUGUUUGUGUUAACCAGGACGACGCUGAAAAAAUAAACGAGCUAUUAACAUUAUUAGGGAUAGAAUGUGGGUAUUCUACUAUAAGUCUACCAAGCAAAAAGCAGAAACUGAAAAUUAAACAUGAAAACAAUCUUAGCUCAAGGAAACCAGUUAUAGAAAGUAAACAAUGCCGGAAAAAAAGAAUGUUUACCUCUAAUCUAGAUAUUAACCAAUUAACUUGUGAAACCUGUUUCAAAGUUUUCCCGAAGUUAUACAAGCUGAAAAAUCAUCAAUUAAUUCAUCUGAACAGUUUCCCAUUUAUCUGUUCAAACUGUGGCAAGGGGUUUAAGAAUAAAUAUAAACUGAACGCUCAUGAGAAGGAUCACAAACUUGGGCUCAUUUUACCAGAAAAAAUUAAGGAGAAAAAGGUGAAAGAGGUAAAGGAGGUGAAAGAUAAAUAUUUUGUGUGUAAACAUUGUGGAGAAGAGUUCAAUAGUUUGCUCAACAGAAACAAUCAUAUCAGUCAGACCCACAAGAUGAACCAUUCCUGUUUCCAUUGUGCAACCAAAUUCAGAACCAAAAAAAAUUUGAUAGCACACCUUCGAGUUGUACAUAAUGAUUUAGAGAGUGUUCUAAGGCAUGUUUGUCCAAUCUGUGAUAAACGAUUCAAAAAGCCAUCGCAUUUGGAGGAUCACCAGGCUCGACAUAAUACUGUGGGUCAGCACGCCUGUAUGUACUGCCCAAAGAGGUGUGCGACACAGCAGGACUUAAACCGCCAUCUUGCCUCGCAUAGAGGUGAAGCAAAGUUCACCUGUCAGCUUUGCUUUAAAGCAUUUGUACACAGAAGUAUGUACUAUGAGCAUGUACGAAAACAUCUUGGGCAGCGACCAUAUUUAUGCAGACCCUGUAAUAAAUCUUAUGCACAGCUGAAAUGUUUGCGCCAACAUCAGAAGGUUCAUGAGAGAAAGGGUGAUUUGACAUUACUUGUUACCCCGAGCAAGGGUUCCCGGGGUUGUCACAGUUUUAUUGACGUUAUCAGCGAUCCUUAUCCGGUCAACACAGAACAGAAACAGAAGGAUUUGAAUACACAAGAGGUUUAUAUUCCUGGACCUCAGUUUACCAAGUCUACAGGAUACAAGAGUAAUCUAUCCACGGGUACACUCAAGGAGAUGCAGGUGAUCACAGAUUACACUGAGAUAUCAAGAAUAGGAUUCCAUUUGCCAGAAAACGAUGAUAAUGGAUUCCAGUCAGUGGUGGAACUAGAACAGAUGUUCCCAACUCAAGUUCAACAUAAUUCAGUACAAUCUGUACUACCUGAAUAGACAAUACUGUACUACAGUACAUUCUGUACUUCCUAAAUAAAUAAUACCGAACUGCAGUACAUUCUGUACUGAAGAGAAUACUGUACUUUAGUACAAUAUGUACCCUCUGAAUAGAAAAUAGUGUACUACAGUACAAUCUGUACUCUCUGAAUAGAGAAUAGUAAACUACAGUGCAAUCUGUUAUACCUGAUAGAUAAUACUGUACUACAGUGCAAUUUGUCUCUGUGAAUAGAGAAUAGUAAACUACAGUGCAAUCUGUACUACCUGAAUAGAUAAUACUGUACUACAGUACAAUCUGUACUCCCUGAGCAUAGAAUAUUGGUUCUUGUGCUACAGUAUAAUCUGUACUCCCUAAAUAGAGAAUACUGUACUACAGUACAAUCUGUACUCCCUGAAUAGAGACUGCAUUUAUACAAAAAACAAGUUCAUUAUUUAUUUUUACUUCUGCACUGCUCCAACCCAUUUUACAUAGCUAUUUAAAGGAAACUGACCUAAUUGGUAUCCGAACUAAUUAAUGAGUAGUUUUGACAGAAAAUAUUGAAAUUUUAAACUCCGGGCCCUGCCCUGUGCGUUUUUACGGAUAUAAUUCAACUUCUCAUUAUCCCUAAAUCUAACCCCCUUCCAACUCCGCCUAUCUUGCUUAAACUAACCUAACCAAUUUUAAGAUUUAAUAAAAUGUUAGGUCUGUAAAUCCUUAGGUUAGUUUCCUUGAGGGUACCGUACUCACAUUCAGUCGUCUUUGUAUAUUCCAGA